AUGCCAGUAUAUCGCUCUGUUAAAACUGAGAGCGUGACAGCAAUGUCGGAUUUAAUCAUUAAUGAGACUUUACCAAACCUCAACGCAUUUGUACAGGCGGAUCCGUAUAUACGACACUAUAAGGGAGAACUGCGGAGAAGAUACAAGCGGUUUGCAGAGCAUCUGGCACAGCUGGAGGAGGCGGAAGGGACCUUUGAUCGCUUCACACUGAGCUACCAGUACUUCGGAAUUCAGCGGCGAUCCGACAACGUUCUGGUCCUUAGGGAAUGGGCCCCGGGAGCGGAGGCUGUCUUCCUAACUGGGGAUUUCAACUCCUGGGAAAAACAGUCUCACCCUUUCGCGCAGAAAGAGUUUGGCAAAUGGGAACUAUACCUCGCUCCGAAAGUGGACAAAUCUCCUGUCAUCAAGCACCUGACCAAACUCAAGCUUGUGGUCCUGACUAAAACAGGUGAAUAUCUGUUUCGGAUCUCUCCUUGGGCCAAAUAUGUCACAAAAAUGCUGGAUUCAGUCACAUAUGACUGGACCCAUUGGGACCCUCCACAACCAUACCAGUUCCAGCACCCCAGACCCCCACGGCCCAGCAGUCUUCGUAUCUACGAGGCCCAUGUGGGCAUCGGUUCGCCUGAGGAAAAGAUUGCCUCGUACAAAAACUUCACCCGAGAUGUGCUUCCUCGCAUUAAGGAUCUUGGAUACAACUGUGUCCAGCUCAUGGCGAUCAUGGAACAUGCCUACUAUGCAAGUUUUGGCUAUCAGGUCACUAACUUCUUUGCAGCUUCCAGCCGCUUUGGCACUCCUGAUGAUCUGAAGCAUCUGGUUGAUACCGCACACUCCUUGGGCAUCACGGUUCUCCUGGAUGUGGUCCACAGUCACGCCUCCAGCAACACAGAAGAUGGGCUAAACUACUUCGACGGGACCGACUCCUGCUUCUUUCACGGAGGCUCCAGAGGGAACCACUCACUCUGGGGCAGUCGACUCUUCAAUUACUCCAGCUGGGAGGUAGUGCGGUUCCUCCUCUCCAACCUGCGCUGGUGGAUGGAGGAGUAUCACUUUGACGGCUUCAGGUUUGACGGCGUGACCUCAAUGCUCUAUCACCACCAUGGCAUCGGCACAUCAUUUUCUGGGAACUACGGCGAGUACUUUGGAAUGCAUGUGGAUGAAAACGCAGUCGUUUAUCUGAUGCUGGCCAAUCACAUUUUGCACAUGCUCUACCCACAAUGCAUCACUGUAGCAGAGGAUGUAUCAGGGAUGCCAGGUCUGUGCAGGUCCAUUGAAGAGGGAGGACUGGGCUUUGAUUAUCGUCUGACCAUGGCUGUGCCAGACAAAUGGAUCCAGGUCCUGAAGGAAGUUUGGGAUGAGGACUGGGAUUUGGGGAACAUUGUCUACACUCUGACCAAUAGAAGGAGAGGGGAGGCAUCUGUCACUUAUGCUGAGAGCCAUGACCAGGCGUUGGUUGGGGACAAGUCUCUGGCGUUUUGGCUGAUGGACAAAGAGAUGUACACCAACAUGAGUGCUCUUAUUACCAUGACGCCCGUUAUAGACCGUGGCAUCCAGCUGCAUAAACUCAUCCGUCUCCUCACUCACAGUCUUGGAGGGGAGGGCUACCUCAACUUUAUCGGUAACGAGUUCGGCCAUCCGGAAUGGCUCGACUUUCCCAGGAAAGGAAACAACGAGAGCUACUAUUAUGCCCGUCGCCAGUUCAACCUUGUGGACAUUGAGCAUCUGCGAUACCGACAACUGUACGCUUUCGACCGUGACAUGAAUCUUACAGAAGACAAAUACGGCUGGCUGGCUGCCGGUCAGGCGGCAGUCACGACUUUGAAUCAAGCUGAUAAGGUGAUCGUAUUUGAACGCGCAAACCUGUUGUUUAUUUUCAACUUCCAUCCCUGCAACAGCUACACUGACUACAGGGUGGCAGUGGAGCAUGCUGGGAAAUAUAAGAUCAAAUUGAACUCGGACGAGCUGCAAUAUGGGGGUCACGGGAGGCUUGUGCAGGACACGGAGUUCUUCACAGAGCCCAUGCCUUUCAAUGGCAGAGCCCAAUCAUUUCUGAUCUACAUUCCUUGCAGAACUGCUUUGAUUCUGGCAAAUGAGGACAUUGAUUUCAGACUUUGAGUGUGCAAG